ACCCGACUCCAUUUCUCCCUCUUCUUCCUUCGUUUCCCUUGUUUCGUAAAGUCUUCAAAACACACUCCUUCGCACAUCCUCUUUUUGACCCUUCUACCUCGCCAUUCCCGGUCAGCUAGAAGUAUCUACAGUCCUUCGUUCGGAACACCACACUCGCUAUCUUGCUUGUCUUGCCUUCAGCUACAGUCCUUUGCUCCCACUAACACAAUUCGCCUAUACAACCUUUGACCUCCUCCAAAUCAGUAAUCAUGCAAAUCAAGACUCUCACCGCGUUGGCUUUUGCCUCGCUCGUUUCCGCUCAGACCUACACUGACUGUGAUCCCACCAAGAAGACCUGCCCCAAUGACAAGGCCGUCGGCAAGGAAAUCAUCAACAUCGACUUCACCAAGGGCGCCGACAGCUUCUUCAAGAACAUGGUCGGCACUACUCUCCAGUACGACAACAAGCUCGGCGCCGUCUACACCAUCAAGAAGGAGACGGAUGCUCCUACCGUUGCCAGCUCUCGCUACAUCUUCUUCGGUCAGGUCGACGUUACCGUGAGGGCCGCCUUCGGCAAGGGUGUCGUCACCAGCUUCGUUCUUCAGUCCGACGACCUCGACGAGAUUGAUUGGGAGUGGAUCGGCAGCGACACCACCCAGGUUCAGACCAACUACUUCAGCAAGGGUUGCACCGAGACCUACGACCGCGGUGGCUUUUCUACCGUCGCCAACCCCCAGAACGAGUUCCACACCUACACCAUCAAGUGGACCCCCACCCAGCUCGACUGGAUCAUCGACGGCGCCGUCGUCCGCACCCUCAAGGCCGCCGAUGCCAAGGGCUGUGCCGGCUUCCCCCAGACUCCCAUGCAGAUCAAGCUCGGCACCUGGGUUGCCGGUCGCAAGGACGCCGCCCAGGGUACCAUUGAGUGGGCCGGCGGUAUCACCGACUUCAGCGAGGGUCCCUUCAUGGGCUACUACCAGAGCAUCAAGAUUCAGGACUACAUGGGUGGUGACGGUACCACGGGCGCCAAGGACGCCACCGAGUACCAGUACGGCGACAAGAGCGGCACCUGGCAGAGCAUCAAGGUCCUCACCGGUACCUCUACUACCGAGGACAUUGACACCAAGUCUGGCUCUUCUACUGCCACCACUCUGAGCGCCGUCCCUUCCGCCUCCUCCACCUCCGGCUCUUCCUCGCUCCCCAUCGACAGCACCCUCAACAACAACAACAGCAGCAGCUCCACCAGCGACGCCACUGAGGCCACCAAGAGCGGCAACGUCGUCACCGGCGGUGCUGGCAAGCUCGCCAUGAGCAUUGCCUCCUUCGGCGCUGCCCUCUUCGCCGGCGCCAUGCUUCUUUAAACUGCUUGCCUGAGCCAAUGACGAAAGGAAAAAAACUUUCAAUGAGGGACGAACAAAAGGAGAUGCAGUUAUUUGAAUUUCCAUCCUCGCUUCCAACCGAGCUAUCUAUAUCUCUUCUCUUUUUUACACCUACGAUCCUUUUGAACUGGACACACGACAUCUCUUGCGCGCCUGUGGCGGUAUCUGAGAAGUUGUUGUCCAGAGAGCGCUUUGAAAUGUACAAUCAAGUUUAAUUCCAUCGGUUGGUUGUGUUUGGUACCCUCUACAGCAGCAGGAAGAAGAAGAAGACGGAGAGAAGGAAGAGCGCGCAUCGGUUCGGCCGGCAUGUUUUGUCAUGAGAAAGAGCGCAUUAAUCACGUUGGCAAAUUUUGGUUUUGGCUUUUUUAUAUACCACCGCCUCGAAGCGAUAUUUUUGCUUUACGCCAACGAAUAUGCGAGGAGUUCAUGGGAUAGUAUGGUACCAGCUUGGUGGAUAGGUACCGGCGGCCGACAUCGACGUGGUGGUUCGGUUCGGUUCGCGGAAAAAGAAGGAGGGAAAGACCAAUAAACAGUAGGGAUGAACAUAUGUUUAGAUUCGGACAUAAAGAUUUAUGUAUAUUGAUGUGGGGAGUUAAACUUUUUUGGUUGAAUACCAUAUACUUUUUUGAACACAAUACCACCUUUUCC